AUGAUGCAUCGUAGCCUCCUGAUAACAGUAGCCUUCAUGGCGACGGUGUAUGUGGCGGUGGCUGACAGUGGAUAUGGUGGACGCGGAGGUGGAAGUGGAGGCGGCCAUGAAGGAGGAUUCGGAGGCGGAAACGGAGGUGGAUUCGGAGGCGGAAACGGAGGUGGAUUCGGAGGCGGCCACGGCGGAGGAUUCGGAGGUGGAAACGGAGGUGGUUUCGGAGGGAACGGGGGUGGAUUCGGAGGUGGAAAUGGCGGUGCCGGAGGUUAUGGCUCUAAUGGCGGGGGAGGAGGCAGCGUGGCUUCUGGAAUCCUCCUCGGAAGUGGAAGCCUCCAAAGUGUCGGUGGCUCAGGAUUUGGUGGCGGUUUUGGCGGUGGAAAUGGCGGUUUUGGCGGUGGAAACGGCGGUUUUGGCGGUGGAAACGGCGGUUUUGGCGGUGGAAAUGGCGGUUUUGGCGGUGUCAGUGGUGGGGCUGGUGGUUUCAGCGGCGGGUUUGGAGGUGGCAGUGGUGGAAGUGCUGGUGGCAGUUACGGAAGGAAAUAA